AUGAAUCUGUAUAUAGAGAUCAAAGGGGUCCAGUCGUUUCGGAGGACAGAAGUACAAGGUUGGGUAGAAAUGAAAACUGAGGAUUUUGUCUGCAAAAGAAGUCCUUUCAGCAAAUCUGACAGAAACUCUCACAGAUCUAGUAGGAGUCACAGGUCUCGUGAUAAAGGUCAUAACUUAAAUGAAUCUGAAGGAUUUUCACCAAGAGGUCAAAGGUCGAACUCUCCACGGUAUUCGGACCAAAGAAGUCAGAAGUCCUAUAGGUCUGAAAAUCGGUCCGGUCAUUUGAGUAGCAGAUCAGAUAUGUCUGACAAAGAGAGACCAAAUACACAUAGGUCACAGGAUGCUAAAUCUCAUAGGUCAGAUGGAGGGAAAUCCUAUAGGUCAGAAGAGGCUAAAUCUCAUAGGUCAGAUGGAAGCAAAUCUCAUAGGUCAGAAGAUGCUAAAUCUUUCAGGUCUGAAGGUGUUAAAUCUCAGAGAUCCAAUUCUUCUGAGGGUAGACUAAGUCAGAAGUCUGAAAGGUCACAAAGGUCAUCAAGAAAAGAUGAAGGUCAAAGGUCAGACAGAAGGAAUUCUGAAGAAAAGAUGCUUCCACUGGAGUCUAGAGCUAGUCCUAUUCCCAGCAAACUAUCAGGAAGAGAACAGUUACAGGGAGAUAAUUCAAGAGAGGGGAAACCACCUUUACAUGAUAGCACAACUCUUACAACAAAUGUGACUUCCGUUUGGGACAGUUUUAAUUCUAUAAGAGAGUCUCAUGAUGUAGAAAUGUCAAAGUCACUACCCCAAGAUGCUGGUCAGCUGAAAGAACUACGCAAGAAUAUCGCAAUGGAGUUGCUAUGGGUACAACAAGCUAUAGAUAGCAGGAAAAAUUACUUAAAGUUAAAGGAUCAGAUGUGAAAAAGAUGGACACAGGGGUGAUAAAAAAUGUGAAAAAAUGGAAACAGGGAUGAAAAAAAAUGUGAAAAAGAUGGACACAGGGAUGAGAAAAAAUGUGAAAAAGAUGGACACGGAUGAAAAAAAUGUGCAAAAGAUGGACACGGGUGAAAAACUAGGUUGUUUUAAGACUAUUAGUAAAUGUGUAAUGCAGGGAACCAAUGGUUUUUAGGUGACUGACAAUGAUUGAGAGACAACAAAUGAGGGAACCAAGAUUAAUAUAUUUAGUAGGGAACCAGCUUCUUUAUAAAAUGUGUAAUUCUUUGGAACCAGACAGUAAAUGAGGAAACCAAGAUAUUUGCCAAGGAACUAGCUUAAUUUAAUGGAAACAGAAAGCAAAUUAGGGAACCAAGAUUGAUAUAUAAAGUGUGGAACCAGUUGCUUAUUAGCUGUUAGUUUGUAAAUCAUUUGUAAAUCUUUCUUUUUUAGUUCGAUUGCAAAGAAGGCUUCCAGAUUUUCCUUAAAUCUGUUCCUGGCACAUUGAUUGUUAAGUGUCUAAGGAAAAAACUGCUUACUCUUGGCAGGCUUUUGGAAGCGGUUUCCAUAGUGGUUCAGGUGUCUGCCUUCAAACCAAUGAUCAUGGGUUCAAGCCCUUAUCGGGUCACAACACCAUGUUUCUUCAUAUGACAACAGUACUGGUAAGUUUCAGGAAGGGAACUCAAAUUUUUAUGCCCCUGCCAUGUAAUGGCCGGGGCAUAAAGUGUUACCCUGUUCCGUCAUUCCGUCAUUCUGUCAUUCCGUCAUCAUCAGUUUCCGUUCAUUAUCUUAAGAACGGUGGCACACAUUCAACUCAAAUUUGACAUGGAUAUGUCAUGAGAAAAUACAGGUCAAGUUCGAAUUUGGUCAUGGUUCGAUGAUUUUUGGCAGAGUUAUGCCCCUUUUACUUUGAAAAUAAUAUGAAAUUUCAGUUUCCGUUCAUUAUCUCCCCAACGGUACAACACAUUCAACUCAAACUUGACAUAUGGAUAUGUCAUGAGAAAAUACAGGUCAAGUUUGAAUUUGGUCAUGGUUUGAUGAUUUUUGGCAGAGUUAUGCCCCUUUUACUUUGAAAACAAUAUGAAAUUUUCAGUUUCCGUUCAUUAUCUCCCCAAAGGUACAACACAUUCAACUCAAACUUGACAUAUGGAUGCACCAAAGGAAUGCGCCGGUCAAGUUCAAAUUUGGUCAUGGUUCAAUGAUUUUUGGCAGAGUUAUGCCCCUUUCAUUUUGAAAGUAAUAUGAAAUUUUCAGUUUCCGUUUAUUAUCUCCCCAAUGGUACAACACAUUUAACUCAAAUUUGACAUAUGGAUAUGUUUUUGGAAUGCCCAGGCCAAGUUCGAAUUUGGUCAUGGUUCAAUGAUUUUUGGCAGAGUAAUGCCCCUUUCACUUUGAAAAUAAUAUGAAAUUUACAGUUUCUGUUCUUUAUCUACCCAACAGUGUUACAUAUUCAACUUAAAUUUGACAUAUGGAUAUGUCAAAGGAAUGGGCAGGUCAAGUUGGAAUUUGGUCAUGGUUUGAUGAUUUUUUGGCAG